GACUGAAGAAACUGGCUUCCAAUUUGUCCUGGAGUUCAAACUAAAAGUUUAGGCUUUUCCAAGCAGCCAAGCUACCAUGGGUCUGGAGAAAUCCCUCAUUCUGUUUCCAUUGUUUGUCCUGCUGCUUGGGUGGGUCCAGCCUUCCCUGGGCAGGGAAUCUUCAGCCCAGAAGUUUGAGAGGCAGCACAUGGAUUCAGCUGGUUCCUCCAACAACAGUCCCACCUACUGCAACCAAAUGAUGCAGCGCCGGUCUAUGACAAAGGGGUCAUGCAAGCCCGUGAACACCUUUGUGCAUGAGCCCUUGGCAGAUGUCCAGGCCAUCUGCUCCCAGGAAAAUGUCACCUGCAAGAACGGGAACAGCAACUGCUACAAGAGCAGCUCCGCCCUGCACAUCACUGACUGCCACCUGAAGGGCAACUCUAAGUAUCCCAACUGUGACUACAAGACCAGUCAAUACCAGAAGCACGUCAUUGUGGCCUGUGAUGGGAACCCCUACGUACCCGUCCACUUGGAUGCUACUGUGUAGGGCUCCACCUAAGCCAAACCAGUGAGAUGUCCAUGUCUCCCAACCUCAUCACCUGUUUCCCCUCUCUACCAUUCUUUCCCUGAAAGAAGUAAGUCAUAUUAGGACUUCCAUAUGACAAAACAUGCNUUCCUGUCCUGUGUCAUGCUCCCAGAUCCCUCUCUUGCUGUAGACAAAUGAAGCAAGAUGGCCCUCACCAGAACAUGUCCCUUCAACCUUCGACUUUCUUGACUUCAGAAAACAACCAAAUAAAAUUUCUGUUCAUUAUAAA